UAUAUAUAAAUCAAAAGUUGCAUUAAGAGAGCGCAUUUCUACUUAAUCACUGAUACCAAUAAUGAGAGCACUAGCAUUUUUAUGUAUAGUCCUCCUCAAAGGAAGUUGUCAUGCUGCACUCCUCUCAGGGGACAAUGAUGAAAAGAUUGUGAUACCAAGACAACUUUUCGACAAAUCACUAGUCAAAUAUAAGGCAAAACAUGACAUUGUUGAUAUUAUUGUGCCCUUGAAUGCUCUCAAUUUUGAUGAGUCGAUGAAACAUUCUGACAGCCAAUCAGAAUCUGACGAGAACGAUCUUACAGAUGUGACAGUUUUCAUAGUCGAAGCCGAUCUCAAGGAUGGUAAACGCGUUGACCAAGGACUGUAUUUAUAUAAGAAUGAUGAGGUGAAAAUGAUUCUACCAAAUGGGAGAGCAGCGGCUGCAUCAUUCGCCGACAAUAAAUUAGUCUACUUCGGUGCAAGCGAUGGUUUAUACCUAUAUAACGUGAGCUCUAAGGCCGCUGAUAAGUAUGGAGAAAUAUCCGAUAGUAUUAUUGACAUUGCUUCAAAUAAAGCUGGAAAACAUAUUUACAUUCUCAGCGAAGAUCACAAAUUAUAUAACGUGACGAAGGAUGGUGAAAAUAAAGAACUUCUAGACGAAGUGGAAGAUGCUAUGGAAUUUGUUUUGGACGAUUCUGAAAACAUUUACUUCUACAACUCUAACAAGGAGGUGUUCAUUAAAAACGCUGAUGGCGUUAAAAAAAUUCAAGGCCUUCCGAAAGUCGCGCAAUCCGUUAAGCUCAUAAACCCACCGUUUAUUAUGGAGGAAUCUGUGCCUUUGAUGUUAGAUAAUGCACUCUACAUCGUUUACGCUAAUGGAACUUCUGAUGCAGCCGGCUUGGAAUUCAGCCCCAAUGCAAAACCAACGGCCUACGGCGCUGAUGCCGUUUUUGUGCAGUACUACUCUUACAACAAGAAUCUGUACGAAUUUAAUUUGAUAGCGCUAAUAGCGGAGAAAAUAUUUGAAAAAUUUCACUUUCAGGCUGAGAAUAUCCGCAGUAAUGCCGAAAAAGGCAAAAAUUCACUAGGCUCUUAGAGAUCUUAAAACUAUUU